AUGUUGUACACUGAACGAACCCGAUCAUUCCAGGUGUUCCUUCCAUUGGCUGAUUUCGCUGUUCAAUUUGUGAUACCUGGAGUUUUACUGGCACUUCUUCAUGUCGGAUUUAUAAGAGAACCUGAAAUCGAUAUGGGAGAUUUGACGAAACACAAUCGAUUCGGAAGAACUCCUCGAGAUCAGACACGUAUUCUGAUAACUACAGUAACCAUCAGUUUUCUUGUAGUACAAGUUCCAACUGCAUUCAUCACGACGUUAUCACUCACAAUCAAUCAUUUUCAGAAUAAUAAUGCUUUAAUGCUAUUGGCACUGGUCACUGGUCAUCUCCAACCACUUCUUUCAAUUACAACUAUGGCUGCAAACACAGCUGCCCUACUAACUGCCUAUUAUGUAAUUGUCAAAGAUGAUGACGAAGAUGUUGGUGAUAGCCGUACAUCAAUAAGUGACAACGAAUGUCAAAAUGAGCUCUUGCUCCGAGCUCAACAAUCUACGUCUCGACGUGGUACUAGGCAAGUAAUUUCUCGUACGUAUCUCAGUGUAAGUCAUUCAUUUGACACUGGAUCUCUUCGUUCAUUUUCUCGAAAAGGAUCUGCAAUUGGAGACGAUAUUCUGUGA